GCUGAAUCUAGGGUCCGAUGAAACCAGCUUCCAUUCAACAUUUCUAGCCUCGCUCGUGUUUGGCGUCCACCAAAUGCUGCGCCAUCAGCUUGGCUGUCGGAACAUUGGUUUGAACCGUCCCUUGGCGCUGAGAUGAGAAGCCUCAGUCUUAGCUAAAUCACGGAGCUCACCAUCUCGCAUAGACAUCAGAAGUCAGCGGAGGCUGGUCUGUAUAAAGUCUCUCACUUUCCUCCCUUGAAAGGAGGACAACAGACAACAGAAAACAAUCAAGCGACCUCACUACCGAAAACGACCUUACCUAUCGAUAUAACUACCAGAACAUACAACAAACGUCUUCCAACAUGACCGAAUGGCUCAACAGUCUCUACCCCGUCUACGGUGACCACGAAAACGAGAAACCCAGCAACACCAUCCCCGUCGUCGACGACAAGAACGGCGACAUCAACGCGGGCUUCGGCGGAAAGUACGUCUGGCUGGUGGCCAACUACAUCCGGGACCCACAGAACUGCCUUCACAACAUUAAGAUAGUGGUCUCGGACACGGAGAAGCCAGGGCAGAUGGACCUAGCCAAAGGGGCCGGGGGACAAUACCGCUACCUGGAGACCUCGACCGUGGCCGCGGAGGGUUUCGGGAUUUCGAACCUGAAGCUCCUGCGAAGCACGGAUGAGGUGAGCAGCACCGAUCUUCGAGGGUUGGGAUAUCGCGGGUGGACGGCGGAUAUCAAUGCAGGUCGGGGAGGGGAUUAUUUGCAUCUGGUCUGGAGGAAUGGUUGAGUACUGGUGGCUUCUAUGAUUGAGGGUUUGGACUGGUGAUACCAAGGCGCCGGCAUAGGUAUUACCAUAUGGACUUGUAUCGCUUGGUCCCUUCACUUCAUUAGUGAGUUUUGGUUGUACAGGGCUUCCGGAUACCGAAGUCACUACCUACGCUCUUCAAUUGUUUCAGCAGCCCCAAGAUGAAACCACGCUAAACAUAAUCUGAAAGCCGGAUGGAAUAACAAUACUCCGCAAGGUUACAGUGUACUGUGAUAACAUGUAUUAUAUACGGUAAUCUAUAGAAACAUCUAGACUUAUAAAAGUGGCAAACUGG